AUGCUCGAGGCGCUGGGAGGCGAUCGACGAGAUGAUCCCAUGGACGAGGCGCCGGGAGGGGAAAGGGGGGGAGAGUGGUUUUCCGCGGAUCGGGUGGCGGCGGGGAGGCGCGAUGUCGGCGGGGGGGACGACAAAGACGACCGCUCGUCGACGACGUCCGACGGAAGCGGCGGCGGAUGGGAGAGCCGGGGCUGGGACGGGGAGGCGGAGGGACGCACGGGCUGGGAGGACUUUUCCGAGGUGUCGAACAGUUGGGAAGAGAAUGACACAGGGUCAACAGGGAAGGAGGCACUGGGCUGCCGCGCUGCAGUGUGGUGGAAGGGAGACAGCAGGUACUAUCUUGGCAGGCUGGACGACUACAACAGGGAGCAAGGGCACCAUAUCCGCUAUGAUGAUGGUGACCAUGAAUGGGUGGAUCUUGACAACGAGAGGGUCAGGUGGGGCUGCAAGCUGCCAGAGGUCGCCAAGGUUGUGUGCAAUGGGAUGGUGGGGGACUACGUUGUGGGGAAAAAUGUGAUACGUCUGAAAGAUGGCCGGCGGGUAUCCCCGUCACAGUUCGAGAGGGUGUCGGGAAGGGCACAAUCGAGGAAGUGGAAGGAUAGUAUCCGCAUGGAGGAGGAAGGUUCUGUGGGCAAGAGCCUGGGCGCAUGGCUGGCAGGUUAUGGGAAAGAGGCGCCUAAGCCACCCAAGGCCUGCCAAGCCACCCAGCUAGGCCACCAGGGUCCACCACGCAAGAAGAAUGUCAAGAAGAGGAAAAAGGCGAGGCGCCGUACGAGCUCUCCGCUGCGCGAGGUACAGCGCGGCGCAGCCAAGAAGCGCCGUCCCCCGUGCGCCCUCCCCGAUGCCGCGACGGCCCUUCUCAAGGAGUGGCUCAUCGCCCACGCCAUGAACCCCUACCCGGAUGAUGACGAUCGGUGGGCGCUGCACUGCGCCACGUGCCUGGAGUGGCCACCGAUCGACGGGUGGCUGAGGCGGGCGCGGUCGACGGUCUGGAAGCCCCUCCUGCGCGCGGCCUUCGAGCGGCACGCUGGGUCCAGGGCGCAGGGCGGCGAGGGGACAGAGGGGCCCAAAAAAUUGAAAAAUGGCCGGGAGAUGAUGGCGGAAUUUGAAAAUUUGCAAAAUGGGGGGGAGUUGAUGCUAGAAAUUGAAAACUUGAAAAAUGGCGGGCUGGAGAGUUUGGAAAAGGGCGGGGAGGCAGGGGAGAGUUUGCGGCAGAGUGGGGAGAGUUCGAGUUCAGAGGGGAGGGCGUCUACACGGGAGAUGGCGGCCGCACUGUCGAGGGUGCCUGGGGCACAGGAGGAGCUCGCAGAGGCGAUGCGGGAGGAGAUGGGGAGGAAGAGUGGGUUGGGUGCGGUGGCGACGAAUUUGGCGCUCAAGCGGUGGAUGGCGGCGCGGCUAUUUCCCAAAGAGGAGGCCGUGGUUCCGUGCAAGUCCGGCGGCGUAGAGAUCCCCAACACGGGGAGGUGGUAUGACCGACCUGUGGCGAGGGAGUGGAGGCCCUUUUUGGAGCGGGUGUUUCAAAAGCCGUCGCAAGCAAAGAGGGAGAAUUAA